AUGGAUGAUGGUGAAAUGGAUGAUGGUGAGAUGGAUGAUGGUGAGAUGGAUGAUGGUGAAAUGGAUGAUGGUGAAAUGGAUGAUGGUGAGAUGGAUGAUGGUGACAUGGAUGAUGGUGAAAUGGAUGAUGGUGAGAUGGAUGAUGGUGAAAUGGAUGAUGGUGAAAUGGAUGAUGGUGAAAUGGAUGAUGGUGAAAUGGAUGAUGGUGAGAUGGAUGAUGGUGAAAUGGAUGAUGGUGAGAUGGAUGAUGGUGAAAUGGAUGAUGGUGAGAUGGAUGAUGGUGAAAUGGAUGAUGGUGAGAUGGAUGAUGGUGAGAUGGAUGAUGGUGAGAUGGAUGAUGGUGAGAUGGAUGAUGGUGAAAUGGAUGAUGGUGAAAUGGAUGAUGGUGAAAUGGAUGAUGGUGAAAUGGAUGAUGGUGAGAUGGAUGAUGGUGAAAUGGAUGAUGGUGAAAUGGAUGAUGGUGAGAUGGAUGAUGGUGAAAUGGAUGAUGGUGAAAUGGAUGAUGGUGAAAUGGAUGAUGGUGAAAUGGAUGAUGGUGAAAUGGAUGAUGGUGAGAUGGAUGAUGGUGAAAUGGAUGAUGGUGAAAUGGAUGAUGGUGAGAUGGAUGAUGGUGAAAUGGAUGAUGGUGAGAUGGAUGAUGGUGAGAUGGAUGAUGGUGAGCAGUUACAAUUCACCAGAGGCGGCACCACCCUCAAGUCUCUGUCGACCACCUCUUGCAUUCCCGGCUUGGGGCCAUUGCCGAGGAGGAGAGAGAGAACUUUGGAGCGAAUGCACCAGAGGGAGGUGCAGGAGAAGGCGUCAUGCACGCACUGGUUGACCUGA